GCCAAUAAAAUUCAGCCAGUUACAGUUUUCCUUUUAAAACCUCAAGACAGUCAGCAGCUUUAGGCCCCUAAUUGCCUUUCCCUCCAAUAACGUAUAAAUAAGAGUAUUUUUUUGUGCCAAAUGGGGCGAGAUUUCAUCCUUUUCUCCUUGAUUCCCAUGAAACAAAUACAUGAAAUUUAAUUAUCUUAUAAUGACUCGUUAUGAGAAUCCAAGUCUGGAUCUGCUUUAGUGGCCAGGUGUGCACAAACACACACAGAGGAAUAUUCCUGUGGUGUUUACUGUACACUCAAAGUUACCUGCUUUGUUAUCUGUAUUUUUGGCAUGGACAGAGGGGAUUGUAAUUCCUGGACUGGAAAUAACUGUGUAAUCCUGUACCGGGCUCUUCAGAGUCCAGACAGGUAGAGCGAGUGGAUUGGGAGCGUCUCCCAGCGCCAGACACUGUGAGGUAGUUACACCUGGCGGAGUAAUCCUCAACUCAUUACUGCUGACCAACAAUACUAUCACCUCUCCACAGGUAUUUAUGGCUCAUCUGUGUUGUGAGGCUGUAAAUCUAUUAGUCCUGCAUGUUAAAGACAAAUGCGUCUUAGGAAGUGACAAAAAGUCAGCGUUCAGUGGGAGAUGUGUGAGCCUUCAACGCUCUGAGACAUCACACAGAGCGCGGCGCUCUGUGUGACCAUUAGAGAUGGUGAAUAACACCCAAUCUGAGGAAAUUACACCAGGCCUUGAUCAUGAACUCUGCCUGCAGACAACUAUUUCUUCUGAGACAUUUUACUGUUUGAGUUUGUUGCACUGCAGCCUUUUUUGUCACCAACACUGACAGGGAGCUGCAUCACGACCCCUGUGCCACUUAGAGUUCAAACGACCGCCUUGUUCUGCGUUCAGGUGCAGUCAGAAUAAUGGGAAAAAUGAGUUUCUAUCACUGAAAAUUCACGUGACGGUUUCUGAUGUCAGAGCAAGAAGCCUCUUUCUCUGAGCGUUUGAAGUGAAGGCGGAAGAUGUAACGUUUUAGGGAGAAAAUGCUCCAUUAUACGGUGGCCCAGAGAGGCAAACAUUCAGUGACACGAAUAACAACUAAUGCAACAGAAGUAUUUCAUAAAAAUACAACAAUUUCUCAAAUGUAAAAGUGUUUCAUGUCGCAACAUAAAAAUAUACACAGAGUACAAUAAACAAGAUUACAGAAAGCCCAUCAAAUUUUCACAGGAAAAAAAAUUAAAAGAGAAAAAAAGUUGCUGAAACAAUUUUCAGUUGCAAAGGAAUUAUUAUAUUUAACAUUAUAUUAUUUUUAAAAUAAAAACUCAUGAAAGAAAGAAUUAUUUUCCCACACACAGCAAUUUUAUGUGACACAAGUUGUGAAAAAAGAAUUUUUAAUCACAGAAUUUUUGAAAAGAUGAUAAAAAAUAAUCUCACCGAACACAAAAAUUUAAAAUAAUUAAAUUCACAGAGCCUAAAAUCAUAUAACCAAACUCAGUUAUUUUACAAAACACAAACAUUAAAUAUAGUAAUAUUUUAUAUUUUAUGAACUGAACAUUAUUUAAGUAAGUCUUUUACGAUAUAGAAAAUAAUUUCCUGUUUUUUUUUUUUUGGUUUUGUAAAUUUAUUGUUUUUUCAAUUUUUUCCAUUUUAUAUUUUAAUUUUUAUUUAAAUUUUAAUCUAUUUUCUAUUUUUAAGUUUAUUAUUUUCUAUCAUUUAUACACUAAUGACUUUUAUUUUAGUAUUAUUUUUCGUGUUCUUUCAAUAUUUUUAGGUUUAGGUAGACAUUUUGGCAUUUCUUGCAAUACUUAUAAGUUUGAUCAUAAAAAGUUUUUCCGCUCCAUGAAUUAUUUAACAUUUUGAGUGUAGCUUUUGUGUUUCGUAAAUAUGGAUACUUGUUUGUUUGCACUUUGUGAGACUCUUUCUUUCUCUUUUUUGCAUCAUGAACUGUUAGUGCAGUUGUCCUUCAGGGCCACCGUACCAUUGCACUCAGUUUCUGCAGUUUGGGGAUAAACAUGUUUUGAGUUACAUGUACAGUACAGUUGUUGUACUUUAGUUUUUAUUGUGACGUACAGUAUAUUGACAUGUUUCCUCGUAGCUGAGGUCGUUCUGAUCUCAGUGAUGAAAGAAGAUCCUAGAAAGUACUCCGAGCUAUGACAUCAGAACGGGCAUGAAUCACUGUCGGCGCUGGGGCACCGUAUCCAUUACCAAGCUGUAAAGGUCAGUGUCUUCAAAAGCAAAGAGAAACCAUCAUUCGUGGAACGUAAACCGGAGAUCAUUUAACACCAGCGUGAAUCUUUUGUCACCAGCCUGGGAAAAAAAUCUGAGACAACAGGAACCGAGAAAUAUAGAAAGCAGCUGUUGCCUUCAGGUCGUGUUGUGAUGAUCGAUGUUGGAGGAAGCCUUUGAUGUGGGAGCGUUUUCUUUAAAAGAGGCGAUUUCCUUACACAUGUCGACCUUGAUUUGGUCGCUGACGGCUGAUCUUUAAUGGCUACGCCUACAUGAAAGGGAGACAGAAAAAAACUUUUCAUAAUGCUGUCCAUCACGGCCAUCCGCAAAGAAGGUAUUGCAUGACUCCAGCUCGGAAAAAUACACAACGGCAGACACGCACAUUCACAAUGAUGCUUACACAAGACAUCAUCCACAUCAACAUGUACAAACCUAAUCCCAUCAGAGCGGAGACGCUGUGCAGUUAUGUUGAUAGAGACAGAAUUUGAUAGUUUACAAAUCACUUGAAAGAGAUGCACGACUCUGUGAGAGACUUUGUGAGCAAAUAGUUCAAACAGUUUUAAAAUAAUAUUCCUGAACGAGAACACAAUGUGAGUAAAUCUCUCUAAAACAAUAAGAAGAACUUCAUUUUAUCCCCAAAGGGAAAUUCAAUUGUCUGUCGUCUCAUUUGUCAUGUCUCUGAAAGUCUGAUGGCUGUGGGUACAAAAGAUCUUCUGAAUCUUUCUGUCCUGCAGUGAAGAGAAAGGAGCCGUCCACCACCAUUGGCCCUUUGGUCCAUUAAAGGGAUAUUCCAGCAUAAAAUUAAGUUAGGGUCAAGGAAGAACAUUUAUGAUCAUUUCUUUAUCAUUUCCUUGAAGUAAUAAUCACCAUAUUAAUCAUUUCACUGCAGACGCGGUAGUUGUUCUGCCUUAGCGUCUCGGUCUGAUCGCAUUUCCAUUAAGAAAUGAUCAUAAAUGUUCUUCCUUUAGCUGCGAAACCCCGCUGUAGUCCAUAAUGGACUGGCCUGGAGGUCUCGCUACAAACAAGCGGCUGCUGGAAGAGAGGAGGUGAGUUGUUUUUUAUUAUUUUAUCAUUAUUUAUUAUUUUUCUAUUAAAUGUAGUUCAGGUCUCUCUCUCUUUGUCUCUCUGGUCCCUCCUCCCUCUUGCUGCUGCACACCUGAGUCCUAUCAGCAUUCAGGUAAGAGGAGGUGAUAAAGAGAGGGAGCAGAGCACACUGAGCACAAUGCCCAGAGGAGAUUAGUUUGGUUUUCCCUCCUUAACUUUAUUUCCCAUCAACCGUUUCUGUUUUCUCCAGCAGGUUUUACAUUGUUGGGUUUUGUUAUUUAGUUCUGGGGGGUUACAGCAGGUUAGGUUUUAGUUUAGGGGGGCGGUGUUGUGUGUUGGAGCAAUGAACCCAUUUUGCAUGCAUUACAGCAGCGUGUCUAUGUAGUCGAAGAGUCCAGAAGCUGACAUGUCACCUAUUGUAAACAUAUGUCACAAAAUAGGUCCAAACCUGAAUCAGGCAAGAACCCCUGAAACCGGUCUCUUUGGUUCCCAAACAUUUGAAGAGUGAUAUGAAAAGAGGAGGUGAUGCAACGCGAUGUUAAACAUGUCCCCGUCUAACUUCCUCUGCUGGCAGCAUAUUUAAUUUUGCUCUACUUUUAGGCUUUAAAUGAAACUCGAACCAUCAAAUUCUGCGUCAUUCACGUUUCUAUAGCGGCCAAACUCGUACAGACGUGGUGUUGUAGUUCAGUUAAGCAGAAAGCCAAAGUAAUGGAGCGCUUCACUGCAGCAGACUGUGAUUAAAUCGAAGUGAAAUUUUCAUUCUAAUAGCUGAUUUUAAUUCAUGGUCGGCCAAUUGAAUCUCCUUCUAACAAUUAAAUUCAUUAAAAUGCGAGUCUCCGCCGUUAGAGAUCACCAGCCAACGUGACGCAUGAUCACACAAUGACCCCGUGUCAUUAUUUACCCAUGAUGAUAGAGACGUCCACGCUCAGACUCCCACAUGUGUCCACAUGAUUGUAGACGAGAGAAGAAACAGCGGUGCUGUGAAAUGGAGCCCGGCUCACGCUGAGGCAAUUGAGACAGGAAAUGGGGGUCGGCGAGGGGUCACAGCGUCCAAACUCAGCAAUGUGAGGAUUUUGUAUUUCCCACAAUCCCUUACCCACCCACCAUCCCGCGCUGUCAUACACACACAAAUGCACACAAACCCCCUCAGGCCUCCCGGUCCUUUAUCCCCUGGAGGUGAGAGUGUGAUAUCAACCAAUCUGUUCCAACCACCCCCGUAACCCCAGCGGCCUCGCCAGCACCUCCCCCGGUCCUCGCAGCUCCUUCCUGUCCGCGUACUCAGCGUGUGCCACAGCGAAGCGACAGCCACACCAAAAACACACACUGCAGCUGAGCACCAGGGCGACACACCUCAAAGAGGGUCAGCCGGGGGGGUUAAGUGAGCCGAGGAGAAAAGAAGUCCAGCUCAGACUCCAGUUUGACUGAGACGAGUAUUGUCAAAAAACCACGGCGCCUUUAAUUAACCUGAGGUGCGAUUUCAAAGCGGCUCUGACUUGUAUGUGUUCGUAAUUGCAAAGCGGUAAUAAGAACGGCCCGAGAUGAGCGGGGAAACACGUCAGGAACAGCGGUGGGUCCAUCUCUCUGCUGCUCUUAUUUCAAAGUGAAAUGUGUGGAAACUCAUCUGACCAAUGAGGCAAAUUUUCAAGCUAAAACUGUGACUACUUAGGCAGCGGGAGGUCGACAGGGCUGAGAGGCAUGUCAGGCCUUGUGCUCGUCAGGGCCCGUCUCUUCUCCGUCUCAUACUCAGAUAUUUCUGUACGAAUGUGUUUGAAUCUUUUUAAAGUUCAAUUCUUUGAAACUUCUGCAGACUGAAGACGCUUUUAGAAGUGGAUUUAAAGUGAUAACAAGUAAACGUGUGAAUCCAUGAGUAUAUAAUACAUGCAUUUUGUAGCUUUCUUUAUGCUUCCAUAGUUUAAAUGGUUGGCACUGAAUGUUUCUUGAAAGUGAUAAUCAAACAUUGACACAUGAGCCAAAUUUAUUGCACUAAAUGAGAGAUAUGUGCACCCACUAAGCAUUUUUGGUCUAAUAGACGUCUAAAUGCAGACGACUGGUUGAAAAUCAGGCUACCACAGGUCUAAAAAUGAAAUAUUUCAAGACGUCUUAAACUUAGAACAAGUUUAGACCAAGUCUAAAUCUGGGAUAUAUAUAUACUACACAGUAAAUUACUUUGUUUUUGGUUCCUAACCCUACUCCCAACCCUAACCCUAGUUAAUACACUUAACACUAACCUUUAACCUUAACUCAACCCGAACCCUGACCUUACUAACCCCUAUCAUAGCUAAACCACCCCCUACCCCCAUUUUUCGUAUCAGAGGAUAAAAAACAACAGGCGAGGAGAAUCUCUAGUCUCUAGUCUCUAUGGCAUUAUCUAUUCUCCUUCUAUCACUCGAAUCCCUGUAGAAGCAGAAUGGUUGCAGUCUGACCACCUGCUUCCUCCCCCAUCCUCUGAGACUUUGUACUAACUCACCCUAACCUUAACCCCAAAGAUAUAUUAGACUUAUUAGAUAAAACUAAUUUUGUAUAACCCUUAACUAUACCCAUUCUAAUUCUUAACUUAUCGACAAACACACAGUCAAAAUAAUAGACAGCGAAGCGUACCAACUGAGCUGAGCUUUUAAACUUACUACCCACACAUGAUUUUCAUUUACACACAGAUUGAUGACUCAUCAUGACUGGGAACAAGUCCACAUAUCAACAUGCGCCGGCCAGUGGAAGCCCUUGACUAGCCUACCCCAAACUGCCAAGUCAGCUGACGACAGUGGGGGGUAUCAUUGCAUCUCAAAUCAAACCUAACCCCUAACCCAAGUACUUGGAGAUCAGUUAUGCAACUCACAGUUGGUUUGUGAAAUAGUUAUCGAAAAAUGGGUUAAAGUGUAACAUCUAAAUUCCAUCUAAAAAAAUGCAGAAUCUAGACGUUUGAAAAACUCGAUGUCUAACAGCCGUUUAUUGCUCAGUGGGCAGCUAGUUUUGAUUACAAAAUCAUCAAUUUUCUGUUUUCAUAGAAAUUUUACUAACUUAGAGGCAAAAAUAUCAAGCAUUUGAGCAAGUUGGGUGCUAACCUGCAUGCAAACUCGUCUAUGCCUCGUGAUAACUUUGAAGUCGAAUUUGCAAAAAAAUAAAUUGGUAAACCUUCCAAAAAUGCAAAAAAGGGUCCAUUAACAACUCUCAUUUUUGCAGGAAAUGGCAAAUUAUUCCGUGCAUAAGAACUUUGUCAAUACUGAGUCAGAGAGCGGCGAGAAGAAAAACACCAAACAGCUUUGAUAAAAACUUAAACAUCCGUUUUUAUUCAAGGGAACUUCAAUAGCAGUCCAAAAUCAGCCACAUAUAUGUAUGAGCAAGCCAAUUUAUCAGUUUAACAGGAGUUUCUACAUCUCCUCUGUGUGAACUAUGGGAGAGGCAAUGAGAGGAGGAGGAGCACAGAGGGGAGGCAGCCAUGGAGGCGAUGAAGCAGAGCUCAAUUUGGACAUCAAACACAGAGGGAGAGAUGUGAAGGCGGUGGCACGUGGGCCUGAGAUGUCAGGAAGGAGCAGUGUCCUGACUCCAUUUCCAGCCCUCCCAUGGGAAUCCCACGCAUGUUGCAACAAUGUGGCAACAGACUUCAUCCCAUUACCCCCGAGGCUCUUUACCCUCAAUCUGCUCUCGUCUCGAAAAACUGACAACUUGACUGUAUUGAACUUGUUCAAAGGGUUUCAGGGUUCCUCGAGAGUCUGGAGGGAUGAGAAAUUAAUCAUUUCUGUGUCUGUGGAUGUUUGAUAUAUGUACAAGAAACCAUCGAGGAACAUGUGGGCGAUGUCUCUCCAAGUGGCGAUCAAAAAUAGAGCAGAGCAAAAGAAAAAGAAGAAGAACAGAGUCUGUCUAACUGAUGGAUUUGCACGACACUGAUAUGAACCGUGUUGCACAGAUAUCAACUUUAGAAGAAAGACGAAAGUUCGACAUCCAAACUGUAAAAAUGCACCAGUGUUUCCAGACUUCUAGGGCGAUCUUUAAUCCCUUGUGGACAGUACAUGAGUCACAUUUUAUUAACCGUCUUUGUGCACAAGUUUGAAUUUAGAUAUAUUCAUCCUGAAAGCAUAGACAAAGAUGCUCUCCUGCUGUUAUCCAGCUCCUGACAAGACUGCCCAAAUGGUCCCACAUCACACCCAUCCUCAGGUCUUUACACCGGCUCCCCAUUCAAAUCAGAAUCCACUUUAAAUUACUUGUUCAUGUGUUCAGAGCUUUGCAUGGACAAGCUCCAGCGUUUAUCAGAGUCCUGCUGAAGCUUUGUAGCUCCAGCUGGACUCUAAGAUCCUCUGACCCGGGUUUGCUGGUUGUCCCCCGGACCAGACUACAAACCAACUAGUGUACUUUUGUAGAUUUUAAUGUCUUGUUGUCUCACCCUUUUAUUCAUUUGAAGCACUUUGUGACAGUUGUUCUAGAAAAGCGCUAUACAAAUCAAGUUUAUAAGUAUUAUUAUCAUUAUUAUUAGUAGUAGUAUGUUAAACCAACUGAGCAGCAGUGUGGUGAAAAUUUGGUAAUUCGAACAUUCAGUACGUUUACAUGACACUCGAGAAAACCGAAUUAUCACCUUACUCCGAUUAAGACCGGACAAUUUAAGUGCAUGUAAACACUUCAGUCCGACUAUCACCAGAGUUUGAGAACUCCGAUUAAGACACCCAGAUAAUGAGGUUGGAAUUCGAUUUCUUCUACUAUGUAACCAGCGUAGUGGGCGUAUGAUCGGACAAUGCAUGUGCGCCUGCGCCACGCCCCCGUAACCCAGGAACAAAAACACCAGAGAAGAGGAGUAGCCUGCGUCUGAUCUGCAGAAAAAGUAGCGCGUACGAUGCUCCAUCUUCUUACUCAAAAAUGCCCAGCAGCAGUUGUAGACACUUCUGACGUCUGGUACGGACCUGCUGCUGUUGUUGUUGUUGACAGUUGUUUGGGGUCAACGGGAAACACGUCGCUGAGAAGACCCAUAUCUCCUUCUAGUUUUGGAGAAGAGGCCAUGUUCACGUUAAUAAUUCAGUUUUCUCAGCUGCAUGUAUAUGCGGACAAGGAGAGAAGACCGAUUCAGUUUAAAAAACAAGUUUGAGCUUAGUCGGAUUAAGCUGUGCAUGUAAACGCACUGAAUAAUUUUUUGUCUGGAUGUCUUUUUUUAAAUUUGAACACCUGCACAUUAUCCUUAACAGACCUGUUUCACAAGUAAUCAGUCACUCGUUCUGUUGAAGUCUCAUAAACUUAAAAACAAACCUUUACUUUUUGAACUUUCAACAAUCUCAGCUUCAAAUUAGCAACAUCACAACUGUUUAUAUGUUAUUAGUACAAAGCAAACGCCCAUGGUGUCAUGUUCAGACACUUCGGAUCAUUUUCACUAAUUGUGAGAGCAAGCGCCCUCAUGCAAUAACACGGGGACAAUACAUGGAAUCAAUUAGCACUGUCGUGAAAAGUGAUAAUUGCAAGUUGCACUUCUGUAAUGGUGUUCUUCUAUUAGGGGUGGAAAACAGCGGGAGAGUUGCAUGUAAGCCGAGCAGCUAUUAUCACUACAGCUGCAUGAUGAAUGGAGACGGCUCAGGGAUGCCAAAUCUAUAAGCUUUUUAAUGAUUGGUUAGUCAUGGUUUCCGGAUUGGAAUGAAUAUGGAAAAGAUCUUUAUCCAGCGGUGGGCUCAAGGUCACCACUGAUCCCCUGUCUCCAGGGUGCUUACCAGGAACUUUUUUACAAGGUGCAAAUGAUACCUGUCGUCCUGCUCUGCUUCUCCUACCGCAGCACGAUGGAACCUGACACAAAGCUGUAUCAUUUAUCAUCAUUUCUCAAGGUGCAAUUAGCAGUAAAUUAGGUUAAGGACAUGGAAAUUCACAUAUAUAAUACCCCACUCAGAAUGUAUAUGGGCACAUAAUGUCAGAGACAUUACCUGAGUGACAUUUAAAACUAAAUUAAGGUGCUGGUGGACAACAGAGGCAUAAAACAGGUAGUUAAACAGGAAGAGAAGACGUGUCUUUACACUUGUAGAGACGUUAAAACACAAACUAGAUGUGUUUGAUAUCAUAUCAAACUAUGUAUUGAGGAGCGAGUUCAGAGGAAUUAAACUAACAGAAAAGUUUGUGUUGAUGUCUAGUUUUAUUUUCCCUUAUAAGCCUUUUUUGUCUGUUUUAUUUCCUCUUAUCCUUUCAUCAAUAAUGACUUUUAUAUUGUUAAAAAAAAAAAACUAAAGUCAAGCUGAGCUUUUGACGGCUGCAUUUGUAAGUAUUAUACCAAUAAAUAUUUGAUCAAAACAACCAAACAAAUAAAAAACACUAGACUUAAACUGAAACUGCAUGUGAGAGGAAGCUAAAAGAUGGAUUUUUCUCAGUUCUAGUCGACACCAGGAAAAACGUUAUUUGACGAAAAUGAGAAAUAAUUAUCACUGUCUCAUUUAAAAUAAUAGAGAGAAGGAGUUAAAUCAGCUUCUGAUACAUGUACACAAAAAAUACAGUUAAAUGCUGUAUUAUACAGUUUAAUAUGAUAUACUAUACAAAGUGGCAUGAUACAAAACAAUAUGAUACAAAUCUACAAAUCUAUAUGAUACAAAAUGAUACAAUACAAUAGAAAACAACCCGUCAAUAAAUGAUACAAAACAACAAAAUAAAACAAUACAGUAUGAUACAAUAUGAAAGAAUUUGAUACUUUGCACUGGAACACAAUACAGAAUGAAACAAUAUGAUACAAAAUCACAUUAAACAAUGCAAAACAAUGAGAUGUGAUACAAAUUGAUUAGAAAAUGAUACAAAAUCACAAAAUUAUACAGAAAAAUAAACUUCGAAACAAUGAGGUAUGAAAAAAUACAGUAUGAAAUAAUACAAAACAAUACGAUACACUACACUGUCUCAUUGGGAAACUGCUUAUACAUUAAACCACUUCUCCACAGUAUUACUGGAAGUUGAAAAGAAAACAGAAAUUAACCUGUAACAGAGAGAAACAUACUACUAAUAUACAGUAUUUUACC